CAUCAAGAUCACAAAACAAUCUCUAGAUUUGCCGAUGCUAAUACCAUACUCAGGGCUCAGGAGAAAUCUUGAGUCAGUUGUAGCAUAGCACUAUUUGGUUUUACUGUAUUCUUUACCAGCCAUCAAGUUCAUGACAGCUUGGCUCGUUGCAUCAAAAGGGAGAGCUGUCAGGCGUGGGAUGGGGUAUAGCUAGAAUACAAGGAAGGGAAGCCUUAUUCCACCCACCCAGUGACAGAAGCCUCAGCAGUGACUAAGGAAUCAGCCCGAGAAACUGCUUUGACCAUCAAUGACCGGAGAAUUGUUGGAGUCAACAGGAGCUUUUCUGACAAAGCUUUCAUCUCGUCCAGUAUUUUUUAUGCUGAUUGAUGAAGUACAUAAUCAGAAAGAAAUAAUACUAAUAAGUAAAUAUGGGGAGGCUGAGGGUCUAAAGAGUCGUUUGAGCAGUUGCAGCCCUUUAGUGGGUAAUAAUGAAGCUUGGGCUGUUCAACAUCAACUGCAGGUGGUAUGUGGGCAGCUUUUGGUCCACUGGAUUGAGGCUGCUUUGGAUCAUGGGGUGGAACGAGACCUGUGGAACCAAGGCUUUAGGAACACAAUAACACAACUUCAAGCUCAGGCUAAAGAUAAACAGGGAGGUUCAAAUGAAGCUCGGGAUUUGUUAGGAUGGUUUCUCAAUUCAGCUAGUGGAUUCUAUCUCCAGCUCUUCAAUCAAAUAUGCUCAGAGUAUGGCCUUGAUUUGCCUUUUCGGAGGAAGGACAGCAUAUAUGGUGUAGUAGACCUAAAUGUGUCUACACAAACAAAAUCCAAAGCAAGCAGUCAGAAGAAUGCCUUGUAUAUCUGCCAGUACUGUUUGGUGCAUCUGGGAGAUUUAGCAAGGUAUCGCCAUCAAGCCAAGCAAGCAGAGACAUAUUACAGACAUGCAGUUAUGGUUGCACCAACCAGUGGCCACCCAUAUAAUCAACUUGCACUCCUCGAGGCUGGGCGAGGAAACCGUCUAGCGGCUGUGGCACUUUAUGUUCGAGCCAUGUGUGUGCCUUGUCCUUUCCCAGGUGCUCCUGCUAAUUUAACACAAACACUUUCAAAGCUUUUGGCUUCUUGCCGCAACAAUGAUGUGAGUGCAUCAUCACGAGUCACAGGAGAGGAAUACACAAACCUGUUUUUACAGUGCCAUGCACGGCUUUAUUUACAUGCAGAUGUUGUACAUGCUCAAGAAGCACUUCCAACCCUCUCUUCAGCCCUGUCCACUUUGGUAGCUACCAAUGCAUUUACUAGGACCAGUUUGAUUCAGAUGGUUGUGGUAAAUCUUUUUGCCCUGUGUUACUUUUCGGGAAAGAUUAAAGUUAAGACUGGUGAAGAAGCUGGUGUGAAGAGGGAUGAGGAGAAACUAGAGAAUACUAAGGGAAAUGAUGAAUGUCUGAAAGUUGUGGAGGAGCUGACUGUGGGAGUGCUGGCUGCCUUGCUCUUGCCCGUCCAUACCAUCCGUGAUCCUGACCAACUCAUGACAUACCCUGCACUUCCAGCUGUUCACUUGUUGUUUGAAUGGGUUCGAUGUGAACAAGGCAUGCUUAGAUCAGAAGCCAUGAAGAAGAAGCAACAAAUUUGGCCUGGACUCUGUACAUUAGUCAAUAACUUGCAGCAGCCUAUGGGAUCUUUUAAUGCUGAAAAAUACACAGAUGUACCACUUGUGGAAGACUGGGAUUUGCAAGGAUUUGAACCACUCCAGAAGAUGCUGAAUAAAUUCAAAUACCGUGAAGGCCUAUCUAAGCCUAGCCCAGAGGAAUAUAAUAAUCUUCGUGCCUCUCGACUCAUUGAUGUAGCCAUGUGGUUCACUGAACAGUCAAUCGAUGGAAACUCAGUGAUCAGGGUAUGUGAAAGAAGUGAGGGAGGAAUGACUUUUGAACCAAUGCAGAACUCAAACCCUCCUGUGGAUGAAGUGCGUGCCCUGGAGCAACUCUCUUUACAUCCUAAGAGUGAGGACAAGCCAUCAACUAGACGGGGAAAAGUUGGGAUCUUAAAACCGCAAGGUUCACUGGAACGUGCAAGAGAAACAAGAGACCAACAGGAGCCAUCUGACAACUCAGAAAUACUAUCAAAAAUAACUGGAGAAAGUGAAGACUCUAAAGAAAAAGGACAGCAUCUUCAGCAUGUGCAGCAGUCACAAAUACAACCACAAGAACAGCUACAACAGCAACAGCAACAGCAGCAGCAACAUCAACAAGGUGCAGGCCCAGGCCAGCCUCGUACUACACGAACACGUACCAAUGUGGCUCUUCAAGCUAUAAUGAAAAGGAACUCUGCAAUGCAAGAAGCAAAACAGGUAACUUUUCGGACUCCAUCUCCUACCAUAUCUCCCAAUCCUUCUGAAGCCUCAAGUGAUAGCCAUCGUAGUCAGCUAUCCACUCCUCCUCUAAUGACUCCCACUUCACAGAGGGAUCCACUCUCAAGUUCCCCAAUGCCUCUCCAUCCUGGGCAAAUGUACCCAAUGGACAUAUCUCAGGGACAAGACAAUUCUUUUGGAAGGCAGAAUCAUGGCAAUGAAAACAAUUUUUUAAACCAGCAGCAAUAUGGAGGUCCACCACCAUGGGGAGGAGCAGGUGGCUUGACUGGAAAUCUGUCUUCUCAGAGGUCAUUCCUACCACAAAAUCAACUUAUAAGUACUGGUGUCAGUUUAAAAAAACAAAGCAGUUCUAGUGGGCACUCUCCUCAAAAUAUUCUGCAGCAAUUACAGACAUCCACAAGCCAGUCAGAUAUGUUACCUGCUGGAAUUUUUAGCCGACCACCACAAGAGGGCUUCCAUCACCCAGGUGGACCAGUUCCACCACCAAGAUCAGCCACUGACAUUUCUGGCAGGAUAAGGGAGCCAGCACCAAGAAUCCUGGAAACAAUGGGAAUGACUCCACUGCCUUCCUUUGGGCAUGUUGAAAGUUUGCUUAAUACUUGCAGAAUAAGACCUCCAGGUACUGAAGCACUUGGAUUAGAUACUUCUCACAUCACUCAGGUACCUUUUAGGGGUCAACAAGUACAAGAUGCAGACAAAAAUGGAUCACAGGGUAAAAUUAAUCAUGGUACUCACCCACUAUUUUCAACAAGUCCUAUGAACCCUCAUCAAUACAGCAUGGAAUGUAGGCAAAGUGUGAGUGGAUCCAAUGGACCAGGCGUGUCAAGCGGAAUGAGAAGUGUGUUUGGAGAUAAUGAUGCAGGACCAUCUAGAGCUCCAGGUCUUGGGUGGGGAGCAGGGCAGAGUGAAAGCAAAAACUACACAGUAAGUCACCCUCAUCCUCCAACAUUGGCUAAUCUCCUUCAGCAACAUAAUCCAGUUGAUAUGAGACUCAAUCAUCCUGGAGAUCAAGGAGCAGAUCAACUAAAUUCUGGAUUAGCUCGACUUUCUGCUGGUCAUGCUGUCCACACUUCCAUGAAUCCUCAUAGUCCUCCUAGUGUAGGCUCACUUGGUGCUGUACAUCUGAGCAUGUUAUCCAUGCCUUCUUCUCAACAUCCACGUCCUGCAUCUCAUAGUCAACUGGCAAGAGGACAGCAUUUCAUGCAGGAGGGUGGUGAUGGCGAAGCACCAUCAGGCAACACAUAUUCCUUAUUUAGCCCCAUGAGUGGAAACAGCAUGGGAAUGGGGACAGGCCCCAGUCGCACAGUUCCUCACCCUCUGUACCCCAGUGCUUCUCAGUCAAGUGGACAACAGUCACUUUGGUCUGGUCCUGGUCCAUCUCCACUGGAGCGUCUCCUUGAGCAAAAGAAAUACAGCAGUGUUCCUAAGUGAAACCAGAAGAGAUGGUUACAUGGCAUCAGGUAAAUCACAUACGAGUGUCAAGAAUGGCCCAGUGUGGGGUUCAUGGCUAAACUGCCACCACUGUAGAGUGGACGGUGAUGAGAAGCCGCUGCCAAGACGAGUUUCAAGCACCAAAGGAAACUCAUAGCACCACUUCAGUCACUACUGCUGGACAGAACUUGAUUGAAAGGUCCUGCAGUUGACAGGCAACUAGAUAAUCAUGGUUGCUGGGGCAACCAUGUAGAAUUCUGUUUUGUAGUUGUGAGGAGACUGGCAAGAAAUAAUCCUGGAAGGCAAUUUUACCUGAACCUGAGAAAUACAAAUGAGAAAUAUAUAUUGCAUUUGAGAAGCUGGUCUAGGUUUUAUGUGUAGCUGAUUUAAUGUUAUAUUCAGUGCACAGAUAUGGCUUUUUUCUUCUUUUUUUUCAUUGUGGAACUCCUGUGGCUAAAGUUGUUUAUUAAUGUGUGGAUGUGGAGAGUAUAUCAUAAACUGCAUUGUGAUUGCUUGUACGUUAUUCAUACAAGUAAGGCUAUGCAUUGUUUUGCUAAUAUAUUUACCUAGGGUAUGUAACAGAAAGCUGCUAGCCACAGACUAUAGGUCCUUGUUUUUGUUGGCCUUGCAUCAUAUUAGCCAGUACUAUGAUUGUGAUAUAUUUCAUUUAUAAAGGCAGGAAAAUGGUUCGUAUAUGAUCACUGUAAUAGCACAUUCACAGUUAUUACAGGCCUAUAAUUCUGUAAUAAGAAAAUUAAUACAGCAAGAGUACUUAACUUCAUUUUCCAUCAGUUUAUUGUUCAGUAGCUAUCCCACAUACAAAGGAUGUUAUAUUUUGUUUUGUAAUGUACAUCUAACUUGAGUGAAAUAAACCUUCCGCAACGAA